GGGUUCUCUUUCUUGCUUUGCUUUACCUUUUAUCGUAAAAGGAUUAAUCCUAGAUUAAAUAACAUAACUGGAAUGAGCAGAAACUUGAAAGUGCCCUUAUUCUUUUAUGUUUUUGAAACUGAUAGCUGGUGUCUCUUUUGGCAUGUUCUUUCUGUCUUAUAAUUGUCAUCUGUUUCUCUUCUCUGCUUCCUAUCUAUCAAGCACUUUGGGGUUAAAUUGACUAAUGAUAGUUAGAAAUGAGGUAUUUAAAAGAGGCAAGAAGAGUGAGAGAAUAGGUUAGCGACAAGGAGACCAUCCAUUGGUUAUUAAGCAUGAAGGAAAAGGACCAUGUUCUUAUGAUUGAUGAAGUUCUGUUUUUGCAUUAGGAUUUGGGAUAACUGGAAAUGAUUUUCUAGGGAAGCUAUUGUCAACAAUGGUAAGAAGAAACCUGAAAAAGAUUGGUAUGAGAGGGAGAAUUACAAGCUGGAGAAGGCAAUGCAAAAGAAAGUGGUAUUUCGGAUAUGUCAGCUGAGAAUACGAAUGAUGUUUCCAAUUGAUCAAUAGAGCUGGCUGGUAUGAAUAAGAGAAAAGGUGGAUAACAAUGAAAAGAAGAAGGAUCGAAUAAAAAGAGGAAAUCAGAGUUUUGUACAGAUGAAAAGGAAGCCGAGAAGGGUCAGAAGAAGUAUAAGAAAAGUAAAGAUGCAUUUGGUGAAGUUAGAGAGAUUUCAAUGAAUGCUUGUUUGGGUGGAAAAGAGAGCAUGGGACAAGAAAGUAACGAGGUAACAUUUCUGGAGAGCAACUUUGGUUACAAAGCAAAAAGGAUGCGAAACAAAAAAAGCUUGAAAGGUUGUAAGAGAAUAUCCGUUGGACCAGUUUUGGUGAUAACCUGCAAAGCAGAGGCUUUGCUAGUUGUUGCAAAAAUGAUAUGGAAGCUUAGCAUCUUCUAUGGUAGCAGAAGGCACAUGGGCAUAUCUAGCUUGGAUGCUUGCCCCAUGGAAGAUGUGGACCAGCACAAUCUUAUUGAGAAUAGGUCUGGAGAUUCAUGUCAAAAACAUUGGAACUGGAUGGGCAAUCUCUAUGGCCCGCAUAGGGACAAGUCUUUUGCUGAACAAGUUGAAAUUUUUGCUAAUUGAUAUCUCCCAUACAUGCUUGAUGCAAAGGAGUCCUAUAGUAGCAAUGCCCAGUUGGUCUGCCAUAGCUGCGGUGAUUGCCUUCAUGGCUGACCUGAAGCACAGGAUUCUUAUGGUUUCUGAUUUUUUCUAUCCCAACUUUGGUGGUGUCGAGAAUCACAUCUAUUAUCUGUCACAAUGCCUACUAAAACUUGGUCACAAGGUGGUUGUUUUGACUCAUGCUUAUGGAAAUCGAUCUGGGGUGAGAUACAUGACGGGUGGUCUGAAGGUUUAUUAUGUACCGUGGCGGCCAUUUCUUAUGCAGAAUACAUUCCCGACUAUCUAUGGAACAUUCCCAAUAAUUAGGACUAUACUUCUUCGGGAAAAAAUAUCACUUGUGCAUGGUCAUCAAGCCUUCUCAACUCUAUGCCAUGAGACUUUGAUGCACGCACGUACUAUGGGAUACAAGGUUGUAUUUACUGAUCAUUCAUUGUAUGGUUUUGCUGAUGUGGGAAGUAUCCACAUGAACAAGGUUCUGCAAUUUACUUUGGCAGAUGUAACCCGGGCCAUAUGUGUUUCUCAUACAAGCAAGGAAAAUACAGUGCUACGGUCAGGUUUGCCGCCUGAAAAGGUUUUUGUGAUACCUAAUGCCGUGGACACAGCUAUGUUCAAACCUGCUCAACAGCGCCUUGGCCGUGAUGAAAUAGUUAUUGUUGUGAUAAGUAGGUUGGUUUAUCGGAAGGGUGCAGAUUUGCUUGUGGAAGUCAUUCCGGAAGUUUGUCGUUUGUAUCCCAAUGUACGUUUCAUUGUUGGUGGAGAUGGACCUAAACGAGUGCGGUUGGAAGAGAUGAGAGAAAAGCAUUCUCUCCAAGAUCGAGUUGAGAUGUUGGGGGCUGUACCACAUGCUUCUGUAAGGUCUGUGCUGAUUUCUGGCCACAUAUUUUUAAACAGUUCUUUAACUGAAGCUUUUUGUAUAGCCAUAUUGGAGGCUGCAAGUUGUGGACUAUUAACUGUCAGCACACGUGUAGGAGGUGUCCCAGAGGUUUUACCCGAUGACAUGAUAGUACUUGCUGAACCGGAUCCUAGUGACAUGGUACAUGCAAUUAGGAAGGCAAUAUCUAUCCUUCCUAAUAUUGAUCCACAGGUUAUGCAUGAUCGAAUGAAGAGACUUUAUAAUUGGAACGAUGUUGCUGAAAGGACUGAGAUUGUAUAUAAUCGUGCCUUGAAAUGUUCUGAUCAGAGUCUCCUAGAACGACUUUCCAGGUAUCUUUCAUGUGGAGCUUGGGCAGGCAAGCUGUUUUGCUUGGUUAUGAUAAUCGACUUUUUGAUAUGGCGUCUGUUAGAACUGUUGCAGCCUGCAAAGGAUAUCGAGGAGGUGCCUGAUGUGGCUCUACGCUGCCAUCAACACGGAGAAAGGAUUGAAGAAAUAUAUCGUUGCAAAUCAGAAUAAUAGUAUAGGAAUAGUUUUCGAGUUUAUAACAAUAUUAUUAGCUUCAAAUAUUUGACGUUUCGUCUUCAAGCAUUGUACCUUAUUCUAUUCUUUAUGCAUUUUAAGUAAAAAUCUCAUUGCUGCAA